AGCGCGCGCGAGCACCGCCCUGCUGCUUGGCUGCGUAUUUCCACACCGAACCGUCUGAAAGUCGCUUCUCCUCAGAGCUAUUUGACCGCUCCAACAGCUUUCUCUCUGCUGGGCGGACCUGUGUUCCAAAGGCGCAUUUAACUCCAGAUAUCUUCGGAACUGAAUAAAAAGAGAGGGGAAAAAAACAACGAGAGCCAGAGGAGAGACAUGGCUACGACAACCUGUACGCGAUUCACGGACGAAUAUCAGCUUUUCGAGGAGCUCGGAAAAGGUGCCUUUUCAGUGGUGCGCAGAUGUGUUAAGCUGUGUACUGGACAGGAGUAUGCCGCCAAAAUAAUCAACACCAAAAAGUUAUCUGCAAGAGAUCACCAGAAGCUUGAAAGAGAGGCUCGAAUUUGUCGCCUGCUGAAACACCCUAACAUUGUUCGUCUUCAUGACAGUAUAUCAGAGGAGGGUUUCCACUACCUCCUCUUUGACUUGGUGACUGGAGGAGAGCUGUUUGAGGACAUCGUAGCCAGAGAAUAUUACAGCGAGGCCGAUGCCAGUCACUGUAUCCAUCAAAUUCUAGAAAGUGUCCAUCACAUUCACCAACAUGACAUAGUGCACAGGGACCUGAAGCCUGAAAAUCUACUCUUGGCUAGCAAAUGCAAGAAUGCUGCAGUGAAGUUGGCCGACUUUGGACUGGCCAUCGAAGUGCAAGGUGACCAGCAGGCCUGGUUUGGUUUUGCUGGUACCCCAGGAUAUCUGUCUCCCGAGGUACUGAGGAAGGAGGCAUAUGGCAAACCCGUGGACAUCUGGGCAUGUGGGGUGAUUCUCUACAUCCUCCUGGUGGGCUACCCUCCUUUCUGGGAUGAAGAUCAGCAUAAACUCUACCAGCAGAUCAAGGCUGGAGCUUAUGAUUUUCCUUCCCCAGAGUGGGACACCGUGACUCCAGAGGCCAAAAACCUGAUCAACCAGAUGCUGACCAUCAACCCAGCCAAGAGGAUCACAGCACAAGAGGCCCUUAAGCACCCAUGGGUCUGCCAACGGUCCACUGUGGCAUCUAUGAUGCACAGACAGGAAACUGUGGAGUGCCUGAAGAAAUUCAAUGCCAGGAGGAAACUCAAGGGGGCCAUCCUCACCACCAUGCUUGUUUCACGAAACUUCUCUGUGGGCAGCAGGCAGACCACCACUCCAGCCUCAGUCACUGCGGCUGCCGCGGCAAUAGCUGCAGCUGCUGGCACCACUGCAGGGCUGGUGGAACAAGCAGCUAAGACGUUGCUGAACAAGAAGGCGGAUGUCAAGAAACGCAAGUCCAGCUCUACUGUCCAGUAUAUGCCUCAGACAAACAGCACCAAAAACAGCAUAGUCACCAGUCCCAAAGGAAACAUCCCGUCACCUGCUCUGGAACCUCAGACAACAGUUAUCCAUAACCCAGUGGACGGGACGAAGGAAUCAUCGGACAGCAGCAACACCACAGUGGAGGAUGAUGAUGUCAAAGCCGCUGCAAAGUUUGCUGACCUACUGAACUCAGUGCGUAGGGGCUCGGGGCCCUCGUCCGACGGGGAAGUGAGACCCAGCACUCCUCCUCCCUCAGCCCUCUUCGCCCCUUCCCCACCACACACACCUGUCAUCCCCAUGCAGAUGUCACGCCUCACAGACCUGGUAAGCAGCGUUCGCAGGGUCCCCGUGGCGUCCCCUGCACCCGAGAGUGAUGUCAUUCCGUCGCCUAGCGCCAAGGUCAACCCCCCACCUGCAUACACCACCCCUCCACCUCCCCCUCACUCCCCCUCCAGCCCCUCCCUGUCUUCCUCACAGACUCGUAAACAAGAAAUUAUCAAGAUCACUGAGCAGCUGAUAGAGGCGAUCAACAAUGGAGACUUUGAGGCAUAUGCUAAAAUCUGUGAUCCUGGACUCACUUCAUUUGAACCAGAGGCACUGGGUAACUUGGUAGAGGGAAUGGAUUUCCACAGAUUCUACUUUGAGAACCUUUUGGCUAAGAACAGCAAGCCUAUUCACACCACCAUCCUGAACCCACACGUUCACCUGAUCGGCGAGGAUGCGGCCUGCAUCGCUUACAUCCGCCUGACUCAGUUUGUUGACAGCCAAGGUCGGCCGCGGUCUAGCCAGUCGGAGGAAACUCGGGUCUGGCACCGCAGAGACAGCAAGUGGCAGAACAUUCACUUCCACUGCUCGGGUGCACCAGCAGCACCGCUUCAAUGAGGGUCGAAUGCCAUAACUUUGUCUACCAGAAGAGGUCUGCUGGAGAGAAAUGGAGGACAGCCACAAGAAACAAGUCCAGCGUGGGUUUGGGAACAGGGCUCCUCGCCCUUCAACGGCAGUCUCUCUAGGUCGUUGCCUUCUGGCCUCCAUCCCCCAGCAAGCAUUUUUUUCUACUGCUGUCCCCUUGUAUAUCACCGGUCUUACGUCAUCACCCACUGAGAAGUGAACGUCCAGCAGCUUGACAUCCUUCAGCCCCACGUCCUCCUCUUUCUCUCCGGCAAACUGGGAGGUUGGCAGGUGUGGCAGGUUUUUAUUUUUUAUUUUUGUUUUAAGCACUCUGCGUGAUUCCUUCUUCCUCCAAUCUUCUGCCCAUCCCCCAAAAUGUUGUGACACCGACCCUCUUGUUGUCCUGUGAAUCUGCACUCACGUCAUAUAAACACUGCACUGGAAAUGGAGUAUGUAAAGUUUUAAGUAAAAUCUAUGACUCCUGUUAUGAGUAUUCAUUAAACAUUUGUAUAUGUAAUUUGUAUAAUUCAAACUUCUUGAUGCCAGUGGUUUAUGGAGUUGGAAUAAUUUCUUUGUUUUGAUUUUCUUAACCUUUUUUAGGAAGCAUGUUUUCUCCCAUAUUUAAUAGUGACUGUUUUAUUGUGGCUAUUAAGUGAAAAAUGUAAUUGACGGUUUUUGUAUUGUGCAACUUGUAUGUUAUCUAUAAUGCUGCACCCCCAAACUUGUCAAAUCUUUCUGGGACUCUAACACCCCCCCCCCACACACACACACACACACACACACACCCCCAUAAGGAGUGUGGCCGAUGCAUGUAGUAUGAAUGUUGAAUGUAGCAAUUGAGCGCCCCUGCUGCUGCUGUGGUUCAACAAAGAGUAGGUCAUAUACUACAAUAAUUUUAUUUAUUUAUUUAUUUUUUCAGCAAAGUUUUAUCAACACGAUACACUUGCAGAUCCACAAACACAGCGUAGUCACUGUUGUACUAUGGCACAGAACGUGUUAAUAGUGACUGAGAGGUUAGGGUUUAUAUGUGACAGCUAACAGCAGUGUAAUACUGUCUGUUGUCUGUAGUGUACAAGAUGUAAAAAUAACAAUAAAAAUAUAUUUAUAUAGCACUUUGAGAGAAUUUCAAAGUGCUCUCCACUGUAUAAAAUAUCAAACACAAUUUUAAAAAAAAAUCUAAACAUAAGAGCAAAUCAAAUUCAAACACCAAAUAAAAAUCUAUUGUAUAAACCAAUAUAUCCAUACACUAGUUGUAAACAGAAAAUAUGUUUUAAGAUUAACCUUAAAAGAUUUAACAAUAGUGGACUUUAUAUUAUCUGCUCAAAAGCUGUUCCA